GCCUUCUUACAUCGAAUGAACCAGUGUGCAGCAGCAAAGGUUGACAAAAAUGUGACGGAGGAAACAGUGAAGAUGUUGUUCUCCAACAUUGAGGAGAUCCUUGCUGUCCAUAAGGAGUUCCUGAAAGUUGUGGAAGAGUGUUUACACCCCGAACCCAAUGCCCAGCAGGAAGUGGGAACCUGUUUUCUUCACUUUAAAGACAAGUUUCGUAUCUAUGAUGAAUAUUGCAGCAACCAUGAAAAGGCACAGAAAUUGCUUCUUGAACUGAACAAAAUAAGAACAAUCCGGGCGUUUCUUUUAAACUGCAUGCUGCUUGGAGGUCGGAAGAACACAGAUGUUCCCCUGGAAGGGUACUUAGUGACACCAAUACAAAGAAUAUGCAAGUACCCUCUCCUUUUGAAGGAAUUACUGAAGCGGACUCCACGGAAACACAGUGACUACACAGCGGUGAUGGAAGCCCUCCAAGCCAUGAAAGCUGUCUGUUCCAAUAUAAACGAGGCCAAGAGACAGAUGGAGAAACUGGAAGUUUUAGAAGAGUGGCAGUCACACAUUGAAGGCUGGGAGGGAUCCAGCAUUACUGACACCUGCACGGAGAUGCUGAUGUGUGGAGUCUUGAUGAAAAUUUCUUCUGGAAAUAUUCAAGAACGGGUGUUUUUUCUUUUUGAUAAUCUGUUGGUGUACUGUAAAAGGAAACACAGACGGCUAAAGAAUAGCAAGGCAUCCACAGAUGGACAUCGGUAUAUUUUUCGAGGUCGGAUCAACACUGAGGUGAUGGAAGUGGAAAAUGUGGAUGACGGCACAGCUGAUUUUCACAGCAGUGGGCACAUUGUUGUCAAUGGGUGGAAGAUACAUAACACAGCAAAAAAUAAAUGGUUUGUAUGCAUGGCAAAAAGCCCUGAAGAAAAGCACGAAUGGUUUGAAGCUAUUUUGAAAGAAAGAGAACGUCGGAAAGGCUUAAAAUUAGGAAUGGAGCAAGACACCUGGGUAAUGAUCUCUGAGCAGGGUGAGAAGUUGUAUAAAAUGAUGUGUCAACAGGGAAAUCUGAUCAAAGACAGGAAAAGGAAACUGACUACAUUCCCUAAGUGCUUCCUUGGAAGUGAAUUUGUGUCAUGGCUGCUGGAAAUUGGGGAGAUUCACAGGCCCGAAGAAGGUGUUCACCUGGGACAAGCAUUGUUAGAGAAUGGAAUCAUCCACCAUGUUACCGACAAGCAUCAGUUCAAGCCAGAGCAGACACUGUACCGAUUCCGCUAUGACGAUGGCACAUUUUAUCCCAGAAGUGAGAUGCAGGAUGUGAUUUCAAAGGGUGUAAGACUGUAUUGUCGUCUUCAUAGUCUGUUUACCCCAGUGGUCAGAGAUAAAGAUUACCAUUUGAGAAACUACAAAUCUGUGGUCAUGGCCAACAAAUUGAUAGACUGGUUAAUUGCACAGGGUGAUUGCCGUACCAGGGAAGAGGCAAUGAUAUUUGCUGUUGGGCUCUGUGACAAUGGAUUUAUGCACCACGUCCUUGAAAAAAGUGAAUUCAAAGAUGAGCCUCUACUUUUCCGCUUUUUUGCCGAUGAGGAAAUGGAAGGCUCGAACAUGAAACACAGGCUUAUGAAACAUGACUUGAAGGUUGUGGAGAAUGUCAUCGCUAAAUCACUGUUGAUCAAAUCCAAUGAAGGCAGCUAUGGCUUUGGGCUGGAGGACAGAAAUAAAGUUCCAAUAAUAAAGUUAGUGGAAAAGGGGUCUAAUGCAGAGAUGGCUGGCAUGGAAGUUGGGAAGAAGAUUUUUGCUAUUAAUGGUGACCUGGUUUUUCUGAGACCUUUCCCUGAAGUCGAUUGCUUCCUGAAGUCAUGCUUAAACAGCAAAAAGCCUCUGCGAGUCCUCGUGAGCACAAAGCCAAGGGAGACAGUGAAAAUCCCAGAUUCUGCUGACGGGCUGGGUUUCCAGAUCAGAGGCUUUGGUCCAUCGGUUGUGCAUGCGGUGGGAAGAGGAACUGUGGCUGCAGCAGCUGGCCUUCACCCGGGGCAGUGUAUUAUCAAAGUAAAUGGAAUCAAUGUUAGCAAAGAGACACAUGCCAGUGUCAUCGCACAUGUCACAGCCUGCCGGAAAUACAGGCGGCCAAUGAAGCAAGAUUCCAUACAGUGGGUUUAUGAUAGUCUUGAAAGUGCUCAUGAAGACCUCCAGAAGUGCCCCUCGAAGCCUACUGGAGACGAGGCUGGGGAUGCUUUUGACUGCAAAGUAGAAGAGGUCAUUGACAAGUUCAAUACCAUGGCCAUUAUCGACGGCAAGAAGGAGCAUGUGAGUCUGACAGUGGACAAUGUCCACCUCGAGUACGGGGUUGUCUACGAAUACGACAGCACAGCAGGCACAAAGUGCAACAUUGUGGAGAAGAUGGUAGAGCCCAAAGGGUUCUUCAGCCUAACUGCCAAGAUUCUGGAAGCCCUAGCAAAAAGUGAUGAUCAUUUUGUACAAAACUGUACCAACCUUAAUUCUUUGAAUGAAGUGAUACCCACUGACCUUCAGAAUAAAUUCAGUACCAUGUGCAGUGAAAGAAUUCAACAUGUAUGCCACAGAAUAUCCAGUUAUAGAAAGUUCUCUCGGGUGCUGAAGAACAGAGCCUGGCCCACCUUUAAGCAGGCCAAAUCUAAGAUCUCCCCACUGCACAGCAGUGAUUUCUGCCCGACCAACUGCCAUGUCAAUGUGAUGGAAGUUUCUUAUCCUAAAACAUCAACUUCCCUGGGGAGUGCCUUCGGUGUUCAGCUGGAUAGUAGGAAACAUAGUUCUCAUGACAGAGAAAAUAAAUCUUCAGAGCCAGGGAAACUGAGCCCCAUGGUCUAUAUUCAACACACAAUCACAACCAUGGCAGCCCCUUCAGAGUUGUCUCUGGGACACAAAGAUGGCCAUGGACUCCGAUAUUUAUUGAAAGAAGAAGACUUAGAAACUCAAGACAUCCAUCAGAAACUCCUUGGCAAACUUCAGACUGCACUCAAGGAGGUGGAGAUGUGUGUUUGUCAAAUAGAUGACCUUCUGUCUUCAAUAACAUAUUCUCCUAAGCUGGAGCGUAAGACAGCAGAGUGUGUGCUACCAACCGACAGUGACAAUGAGAAGGGGGAGAGAAACAGCAAACGUGUUUGCUUCAAUGUAGCAGGAGAUGAGCAAGAGGAUUCAGGUCACGACACCGUCAGCAACAGAGACUCUUACAGUGACUGCAAUAGCAACAGGAAUUCCAUUGCCUCCUUCACGAGUAUCUGCAGCAGCCAGUGCAGUUCCUACUUCCACAGUGAUGAGAUGGACUCAGGUGAUGAGCUCCCUAUCAGCGUCCGAAUAUCUCAUGAUAAACAGGAUAAGAUACACAGUUGCCUGGAGCAGCUUUUCAGCCAGAUGGAUUCCAUAACCAACCUCUUGAAAGGGCAAGCUGUUGUAAGGGCCUUUGACCAAACCAAGUAUCUUACACCAGGUCGAGGAUUACAAGAAUUUCAACAGGAAAUGGAGGCAAAGCUGAGUUGUCCAAAAAGAUUAAGGCUUCACCUCAAGCAGGAUCCUUGGAAUCUUCCCAGCAGCGUCCGGGCUCUUGCACAGAAUAUUAGAAAAUUUGUCGAAGAGGUGAAGUGUCGGAUACUACUGGCUCUCCUUGAAUACUCAGAUAGUGAAACCCAGCUCCGAAGAGACAUGGUUUUCUGUCAAAGUCUUGUGGCCACUGUCUGUGCCUUCUCUGAGCAGCUCAUGGCUGCCUUAAACCAGAUGUUUGACAACAGCAAGGAAAAUGAAAUGGAGACUUGGGAAGCCAGCAGAAGGUGGCUGGACCAGAUUGCAAAUGCAGGUGUUCUUUUUCACUUCCAGUCUCUUCUGUCACCAAAUUUGAAAGAUGAACAAGCCAUGCUAGAGGAUACACUGGUUGCUCUAUUUGAUUUGGAGAAAGUUUCCUUUUUCUUCAAACCAUCAGAAGAGGAGCCCCUGAUUGCAAAUGUCCCUCUUACGUACCAAGUGGAAGGAAGCCGGCAGGCCCUGAAAGUUUACUUCUACAUCGAUAGUUACCAUUUUGAGCAACUGCCUCAACGGUUGAAGAAUGGAGGAGGCUUUAAAGUGCACCCAGUUCUCUUUACACAAGCCCUGGAGAGCAUGGAAGGAUAUUCCUAUAGAGACAACCUGUCCGUGGAAGAGUUUCAAGCCCAGAUAAACACAGCCUCCCUGGAAAAGGUCAGACAGUACAAUCAGAAGCUCAGGGCAUUCUACUUGGACAAGUCAAAUUCACCGCCAAAUGCCACAUCCAAAGCUGCCUACAUCGAGAAGCUCAUGAGGCCUCUCAAUGCUUUAGAUGGCGACAGGCUCGGUGCCUGUCAUGUCAUCAUGUGCAGCAGUGGUGUGCACCGGUGCACCCUGAGUGUGACACUGGAGCAGGCCAUCAUUCUAGCCAGAAGCCAUGGGCUGCCUCCUCGAUACAUUAUGCAGGCCACCGAUGUGAUGAGAAAGCAGGGUGCAAGAGUUCAGAACACAGCUAAGAACUUGGGGGUUAGAGACCGGACUCCUCAAUCAGCUCCGAGGCUGUACAAGCUGUGUGAGCCACCACCCCCGGCUGGAGAAGAAUAAGCAUUCCCAAGAGCCAGCCAGGCAGAAGCUUCCAAAUGCUGACCAAGUUGCCAUUCUCCACUGAAGAUAAAGAGAUGCAUAUUUAAGAUGUAAACCCUUCCCCCUGGUGUAAAUAACUGAUGUUUGGUUUCCCAUUGAAUAUUUAUGUUGGAACUAGCAGUUCAUUCAAACAGUUGAACCUCACAUUCUAUAUAUUGACAUUAUGGAUUCAUAUUAGCGCAAAACUCACUGCUGGAAUUUAUAGGAAAAAUAUGCAGAGAUAAAGGAUUAACUAUUUUGGUUCCUUUCUCAUUCAUUAAUUAUUAUAUUUUUUUAACUUCCCCACUGGGCACAUGUAAUACUUGGUAGUUUUUCUUGAUGAAGUCUGUCACUGAAAAUGAUGGCCACACUCUGGAAGACAUCAUACAGAAAUGUUAUGUACAGUGGAGAUUGGAAGGCACAGGUUUCCAUCUCUCACCUGUACCACACAGAAGUGCGCAUGUGUGAGGUAAGAAAGUACACACCUCUGUUUCUUCUAAGGCGUCUUGGUAGUGAAGAGAGAUGCGAGGUCCUGACAAGACUUCUUCACUGUCAUCGAGGAUACUCUGCCGGUGUAAACAUUCCAGCAGGCAGAUGCUCUGUUUGAUCUCUGCACGGAACCAUGAAUACUGGGUGAUGUACUAUUGAUGGCUGCAGGUGGGGAGUUGCCAGGAUUGAGGAAGUGAGAGGAGUGAGUGAGGAAGAAAAAAGCCUAUUUGAAAACUCAGCCUUGAACUAAGAGAGUCUUCCUGUGAGAUGUCAGACCCUUAAAAUAAUACACCAUCAAGAGUGUUUUUCUAUAAAAUUAUAUGUAUAAGAUGUGAAAAUAGAUUUAUAUGCUGUACUUUAAAGGGCCUUUAGGGAAGAACCUUGACAAUUUAUGCAAACAAGGUAUAGACUGUAUUCAUUCUAAAGGAUAUGUAAUGUUUAUCACUUUGUGUUGCUGUACUAAUAUUGUUUUUUAGCACCGUGAAUAGUUUAAUACUGGUUUUAAAUAUAUAAUUUUAAAAAUAAUUAAACAUGAUCACUGUGACUAUGGCAGAGUUGUGCUUUGUUUAAUGAUAUGGAUAAACCGUGCCUUUAGGUGAUAUUAUCAUUGUACAAAUGUCAUGGGAUACACUUACAUAAGCUGAGAAGACUAUGGCCUCAUUAGAUGGCAUGGCCUAUGGAACUAUCUCCUGUAGGCUCUCCAUCACUGACCCAAAGGCCACUAUGCAGCACAGGACUGUGCAUGGAUGUAGGCUAAGCACAAGGAAUCCUUAUCUUAACUACAGUCUUGGCAAACUGUAAUACGGUUUUACUUUAUAAAUUUCAUAAUGACUUUCAGAUUAUCACUAAGAGCCAUCUUUACUGCUUGUGAUAUAUUUAACUAAAGAAUAUGUUCCAAAGGUAUGGAAUAUAUCUAUCUUACUAGUUAAGGUGAAAAUUAAUGGGUACAGAGCACCUAAUAUUUUUUCAAUAAAUUUGUAUAUGACUAACUGAGGGAAAUCAACAUUAGUUGCUUUAGUAUUUUGAAAUUAGUAAUGAUAGGAUCAACAUUUGCAAACUUAUAUGGCAUACAUCCAUAACUUUCAGAUAAUCAUCAUUCUUGCUACCAUCAGCACACAACACUGAAGCUCUGGUCAU